GUCUUCAUCCACCCCAACGGCAAUCGCGCCAAGUGCAUCGAUGUGGUCAAGGGCAAGCUCGCGCCCGGCACCCCCGUUCAGAUUUGGGACUGCGACCCGAAGCGCGAGCAGCGCUUCCUUCUCGCUCGCGGCAACGGUCAGAUCAAGGUUCCCGGCACUGAUCUCUGCCUUGAGGCUCUUGAGCGUGAGAGCCGCAACGGCUGUGGCGUGACCCUUGAGCGCUGCAACCGCAGCCUCCGCCAGCUCUGGUACUACACCAACGACAACCGCAUCGCCGUCACCGAUAGCGGCUUCUGCCUCGACCUCCCCAACGGGAAGACGCACAACGGUAACCUCCUCCAGGUGUGGCAGUGCAUCAACGGCAACACCAACCAGGUCUGGACCACCACUCCUGUGGGCGUCCCCUUCUAAGCCGCUUUCGCCCCGCCCUAGCGGCCCCAUUAUAAUCUGUGCCAGCACGACAUUGUAGACAGAGUAAAGUAGCAGUCGUGGCGAAUAAUUGUGAAGAAUGCACAGAAUGCUG